UGUUAUUAUUUAAAAUUCAUAACCAUGGGUUCUUAAUAUUAUAUUUAGAUUUUUAUUAUUUAAAAAUAGUGCUCAAGAAAAUCUCAUUCCAAAUCACCCAGUUGAUCAUAUAUAGUCUGAUAGUAAUAAUUAUAAAUCACGAUGACUGCAAAAACUCGUUCACAUUGGAAGGAAUAUGGAACAGCACUCUGUGCGACACUCAUAACUGCAACAGCGGGAACCUGCUACGGUUGGCCAUCACCGACGCUGCCCUACUUACAGUCGACGGAAAGCUCGAUACCAACAACAUCAGAUGAGGGAUCAUGGAUAGUUUCCAUCAUGAUCCUAUGCUCAGCACUCACUCCAAUUCCCUCCGCAUACUUUGCCGAUCGCUUUGGAAGAAAAACAACCCUACUUCUGGGAGCGAUACCCUUUAUACUCGGCUGGGUGCUGGUUAUCGCAGCAAAAUCUGUGGCCGUCCUUUACGUGGCUCGGAUGUUUUCUGGCCUGGGUUAUGGUAUAGUGUACACCGUCGCCCCGAUGUACACAGGCGAAAUUGCCACAAACGAAGUCAGAGGUGCACUCUCUACUCUCAUUACAUUAAUGAACAAGGUCGGCAUUCUUGCCCAGUACUGCAUUGGUCCCUACGUUACGAUGCAAACUUUGGCAGGGAUUAAUAUGGUCCUACCCAUUUUGUUCGUGAUCACCUUCAUCUUUCUACCAGAAUCGCCUUAUUACUACUUAAAGUUCGAACGCAGUGAAAGAGCGGAGAGAUCACUCAGAAAAUUACGAAGCGGUGAUAUAAGAUUAGAACUCAAGAAUAUAGAAAUUAGCGUACAAGAAGAUAUGAAAAAUAGAGGAACAUGGUCUGAUCUUAUAUCUGAAGCCACAAACAGAAAAGCUUUAUGGAUUAGCUUAGGCAUUUUCACCAUACAACAACUUUGUGGUAGCGCUGCCGUAGUUGCAUAUGCUCAAGUUAUAUUCCAAGUCACUGGAAGCCACAUUGCGCCCUACCAAGAAUCAAUAAUUCUCGGAUGCGUACAAGUAGCAACCUGUUGUUUAUCUGUGGUCCUAGUUGAUCGUCUAGGAAGAAAACCAUUGUUGCUGCUAUCAGCUCUUGGCGUUGGAUUGAUGAACGGGACCAUCGGUACAUACUUUUACUACUUCGAAACAAGCAAGACGAACAUGGAUUAUCUUCAUUGGCUGCCUAUAACAGCUAUUUUAAUUUAUAUAGUUUGCUACGCUAUUGGACUGUCGACAGUACCAUAUGUAAUCAUCGGAGAAAUGUUCCCGACGAACGUCAAACUGUACGCCUCAUGCGUCGCUCACAUCUAUACAGGAUUUUCGAUGUUUGCCGUCCAAAAGCUUUUCCAGGUAGUAAAGGAUGCUUGGGGAAUAUACACAGUAUUCUGGGGUUUCUCUGUGUUUUCCAUGUUGGGGCUGCUGUUCAUGCUCGCGGUGCUGCCGGAGACGAAGGGCAAGUCGUUCGCGUGCAUCCAGGCGCAGCUACGCCGCGACGUCGCGCGCGACAACGCCAGCAAACUUAUGACCGUCGAGUAUUAAUACGGCUAACUUAGCAUUCGCUUAACUUAGAGAUCGAGUCGAAAUCAAACUUAAGAUAUUGAGUAAUUAAUGUAAUGAUAGUUUUACAUACGUACUUAGUGGUAGAAACGACGUCAUACGAGUAGCCUAUAAAGGGGUAAAAUGAAGAGUAUCGUGGGGACGACUGCCGGGGCCCCCGAGAAGGCACUGUAGUCAUCGGGAUCAUAGUUGGCGGGUAGGGCUCGUGACGAUACUACUUUCGAGUACAGCCGUGCCGAGGCCUUUGGCGUCCUCGUCUUAUUGGGACUCUUGAAAUCGACCAAGUAAAGACCGAAGCGGGACCUGCAAAUGCAUUUACAGAAAUGAGUGAAAAUAUAACAAGAUUUGAGACA